AUGCCCUUGAUCGACAGCGAGGCCUUUGGCUUCCCCGUCGCAAAGAGACAAAAAGUCUCCCCGGGCCAACAGCUCGUGUCAGCCAAAGAGCCUCACCCUCCUCCAAGCUCCAGGAUAUUCUCGCCCUUCAGAACUCUAGGCCUCGUCUCCCCCACAAAUGUCCCCUUCACCUCCAUUCCCUUAGGCAAAACAACCUUCCAAAUCACCACCUCCAUCGGCAGGUCGCUGCAGACCUACGACCUUCGUCGUGGCCUGAGUUUGAUAUUCCUCACACGCCCACAGACACCAGCUGCUAUCACCGCGAUAUGCGCAUGGAAGGAUAAGAUACUCGGUGCAUGGGGUGGAUCGCUACCCAACGAGCCAUCGGGGGUAUGGCUAUUUAAGCGCGGGAAGAAAGUUGGAGAAUUGGCCUGUCCCGCCAUCACUGGAAAUGGAAAGGGAAUCGAACCCGUUGAGCAGCUGCUGGUGUUCGGAUCGUGGAUCGUGGGCUGCUGUGCCAGUUCUAUACGUAUAUGGAAGUCCACCACCUUCGAGCACUACACAACCCUCACCCCUCCAGCUGCCAGAACCCCAUCCUCAGGCCCUCGCACCCUCACCGGCCGCAUCUGCACUAUGCCCACAUAUCUCAACAAGAUCUUCGCCGGCCGCAGCGACGGCAGCGUCGACAUCUGGAACCUCAGCACAGGAAAACUAAUCUACACCAUUCUCCCAACGACCCCGAACGCAGGGGCCGUAACAGCCCUAGAGCCCACGCCGGCCCUCUCCCUCCUCGCAAUCGCCUACUCCAGCGGAGCCCUAGUCAUCCAUAAUGUCCGCACGGACCAGCCAAUCUUACACCUCCGCUCCAAAUUGACAGGGAGUUCCGUUACGGACAUCUCACCGAUAACCAGCAUAAGCUUCCGCACCGACGACCUGGGCGCAGGCAACGACGGACGAAAAGCAGGCGUCAUGGCCACCGCAACCGCGGACAGCGGCGAUAUUACCAUGUGGGACUUAAACGAUGGCGGACGCAUCACCGGCGUUCUACGCGAUGCACACGAAUCCCCCUCAUCCUCAGCUGGAUCCAGCGACAGAGGUCAACCCUCUCAGGCCGGCAUUAGCAAGAUUCAAUUCCUGCCCGCCCAGCCUGUCCUCCUCUCCACAGGAACCGACAACUCUCUCCGCUCCUGGAUCUUCGACCAGACCCCCUUCUCCCCGAUUCCGCGCCCCUUACAUUCUCGCGCUGGCCACGCAGCUCCAAUAACAACCCUAACCUUCCUCCCUGCCGCCUCUGACGACUCCGACACUGUGGGCAAAUGGCUCCUCAGUUCCAGCCGGGAUCGGAGUCUGUGGGCACUGAGUCUACGGAAGGAUUCGCAGAAUGUCGAGUUGUCGCAGGGGAAUGUUGGGGUGCGGAAGAAGAGGAGGGUGACGGCGGCUGCGGCUGCGGCUGCGGGUGUAGUUAGUAGGGAGGAGUUUAAGACGCUGGAGAUUACCUGUUUGGCAUGUUCGUUGAAUAGAGAUGGGGGAAUGGGGACGGGGGGUGCGGCGGGGGCUGGUAGUGGGCCGAUAUGGGCAAAUCCCAAAGGGGGCAGUACUGAGGGGACGGGUUUGACGGGGUGGGAGAGUGUGGUUACGGGGCAUCGGGGGGAUGGGGUUGCGAGGACGUGGUUUUGGGGCAGGAAGAAGGCCGGGAGGUGGACGUUUGCGACAGGGGAUGGGGGGGAGGUUAAGAGCGUCGCAGUUUCUCCAUGCGGUACUUUUGCGCUGGUUGGUUCCGCUGGUGGAUCGAUUGACAUGUACAAUCUACAGUCUGGGAUGCACAGACAGUCGUUCCCGGCGCGGGUAACGCCAGCACAAGCUAGGAAGCUCAAGAUGCUCCAAUUGGAUGGAAUGGAAGAGUUGGGGACUGGCAAGAGCCAAAAUAGGGGUUUCCAAAUGGGCGAGGGCAAACAUACCAGCGCUGUUACGGGGUUAAUGGUUGAUGCGCUGAAUACGACUGUGAUUAGCUGCGGGCUCGAUGGCAUAGUAAAGUUCUGGAACUUCACCACCGGCCACCUCCAACACGAACUAAACUGGCAUCCAAUGUGCUCCAUCACCGGCCUCCGCCACAACAUAUCCUCCGACCUCGUCGCCCUAAGCUGCGACGACCUCUCUAUCCGCAUCAUAGACAUCGAAACCCGCAAAGUCGUCCGCGAACUAUGGGGUUGCACAGGGCAAAUAAACGACUUCUGCCUCUCCAACGAUGGCCGCUGGGUCAUCGCCGCGUCCAUGGACUCGGUCAUUCGCGUCUGGGAUCUGCCGACGGGACACCUUAUUGACGCCUUCCGCAUGGAGAAUACAUGUACGGCUCUCGCGUUAUCUGUGACAGGAGAUUUUUUGGCGACGGCGCAUGCGGAUGGGGUCGGGGUUAAUGUGUGGAAUAAUCGAAGUUUGUUUGUGGGGGUGCCUACGAAGCAUAUUGGGGAAGAGGAGGAGAGGCUUGUGGAGGCUAUGGAGCCGACGGCGAGUGGGGAAGGGGGAGAGGCGAUUUUGGAAGCGGCAUUUGAAGAGGUGGAUGGGAAUGGGGGGAGUGGGGAAGGUGGAGAGGGGAUACAAGUGUUGGGAAUGGAGCAGUUGAGUCGUGAUAUGGUGACGCUUAGUGUUGUGCCGAAGAGCAAGUGGCAAACGCUUUUGCAUCUUGAUGUGAUUAAGGAACGCAACAAGCCCAAAGAUCCCCCCAAGAUCCCACAGAAAGCUCCCUUCUUCCUACCUUCCACGGUAGCAAAUGAAAACGCAGACUCCACCUCAUCACUCCUCCCCGCAACACAAGAAGAUAGCCAUAAGCCCAAAAAACCCACCGCCGCCGAACGCUCCCGCAUUUCCAAACUCCAACUCCAGCGCACCACCAAUACCAACGGAGCCAACACUUCUACAAUCUCCCAAUUCACCACCCUCCUCCACACAUGCAGUGAAACAGCCAACUACGACUCAUUCAUCGAGUACCUCAAAUCCCUCUCACCAGCCAAAGCCGAUUUGGAAAUCCGCUCGCUGGACCCUGGUCUUCUGAGCGGGAAGGGAUGUAAUGAGUUGAUUGAGUUUGUGUCAGCGUUGACGGCGCGGUUGAGGACGAGGAGGGAUUUUGAGCUUGUGAAUGCGUGGAUGGCGGUGUUUUUGAGGGUGCAUGGGGAUGUAAUUGGGGAGAGUAGGGAUGGGGAUGGUGCUGACGGUGCUGGUGAUAGCGAGGCGGAGGCAACUCGGGCAACAUUGCGGGAGGCGUUAAGGGAGUGGAAGAUUGAGCAGGAGCGGGAGGGGAAGCGGCUGGCGGAGUUGGUAGGAUCUAUAGCAAACACAUCUCUAUUCUCCAGGGAGCGGAAAUUUGAGGCUGAUACCGCCAAGCGCGGCUAUGAUGCGGCUAUUCCCAAAUCGCUUAACCUUGAUAAGAUGCACUAUGGGAAACUUGGGAAUCGUCAGCCCUCUUUUAAUUGUCGACAGUCAAGGCGCAGCCUCAUAUCAACCCACCGACCCUUUCCACUCACAAUGCGCUGGUUCCUAAUCCUCAUAAUAAUCCUCUUCCUCCUUCUCCUCGCCUACAUAUCCUGGAUCGCCUUCACCCACUACCGCGCCCACCGCGCCGGCCUCCCCCCACCCCCUCUAAAAUCCUACAUUCCUUUCACAUCCUCCUCCAGCCAUUACAGAGACAGCAGCUACCCGACCCCGCGCAGUGCCGGGAUCGCAGGCUGGGUUAAAGAUCGAUGGGCUGCGUUGCGCAAUCGGAGGACGGCUAGGGGUGCGUAUGAAGAGCCGCUUCAUCCUGGGAUUUCGCGGGGGAGGGAUAGGACUGGUGGUGGUACUGAGUAUGGGGGUGGGUAUGCGCAUGAUGAGAUUUGGGAUUCGAGGAUGGGGAACGGUGGGUAUUAUGAGGAGCAGGAGUUGGGGCUUGCAAGGCCUGGAGCUGGGGGUGCUGGAGUGGGAGUGGGAGUGGGAGCGGCCAGUGGACCGUAUGAUGAGGGUGUGGCGGCGUAUCAUGGAGCGGGAUCCAGAGUACUGCCUAAUAUUAGCACGACGGCGAUUGAUUUGCAGGCUGAUGAGCGCGAGCAGGAGGUUGAGAGGGGGAGAAGCCGGAGUCGGGAGGCAAGGGUUGCGGACAAGGAUCCAUUUGGGGAUGAGGCGGAGCCAAGUCAUUUGAAAGAUGUCAGUCCACGGCCGGUGAUGGAGGGUGAUCUGGCUGGUGGUGAUGGUAAGGCGGGAGCAGGUGGCUCUCCUUCGGGGCGGGAUUCGUCAACAGAUCGUAAAAGUGCAUUUAGGGAGGAUUUAUGA